AUGGAUAUCUCAAAGGAAAACGCCGAGAAUAUCGAAGAUGUUUCUCCGAAUCAGAGAGAUGAGAUGCCAGCCAAAAAUAUGGGGCCCAUCAUGCGGUCUCGCGAAGACGAUCUUGGUGUUUGGCAGUGUGUGCUGCGAUUCAAAACUGUGUCGCUGAUUGCCAUGACUGCCGCAUUCAGUGCAUCCCUGGACGGUUAUCAAAUCAACUUAAAUGGCGGUAUUGUCUCCAACAAAGGGUUCAUCCGACAAAUGGCAUCUCCAGGAACAUCGAUCAUCGCCGGUAAAUACAUUUCCGCAUGGGGAGGAAUUCAAUCAGCUGGUCAAACUGUAGGCCAAAUCCUCCUCCAAUAUGCCACCGAGAGAUUCGGUCGCAAAGUCGCGUUCUAUAUCAUUUGGAUCGACAUUGUAAUUAGUGUCUUUAUUGAGUCUUUUGCGACAAGGUGGGAUCACUGGCUUGCAGCAAAGCUCUUUUCCGGCAUGGGUGUCGGAAUGCUCCAAUCUACCUUGCCUCUGUACUUGUCUGAGAUUGCACCGACUCAACUGCGUGGAUUUUAUAUCAACGCAUACAGCUUUUGGUUUGUAGUUGGCCAAAUAUUUGCCUCGGUUGCCCUGAAAGAGCUCAGUGCUCAUGAUCCUUACGACUUCCGCGUUCCUAUCUAUACUCAGUGGGCUAUGGUAGGAAUCAUUGCUAUCAUCUUUGUCCUUAUGCCAGAAUCACCCUGGUGGCUCGUGAGCAAAGGCAAGAUUGAUCAGGCGGCCAAGGUGUUGAACAGGUGCAAUGGCACGGUCGAUGGAUACAGUGUCGAUGAGCAGAUUGAAAUCAUGAACGCUACAGUGGCAGAAGAGCGAAUCCUUGCAGAGCGCAACUCAGAAGAAGGCAUGUGGGCUGUCUUCCAAGGCCGCAACCGUAUUCGUUUCCUCAUUGCAGCCUGGCCAAAGAUUGCUCAGCAGUUUGUCGGCUUAUCUGUGUUUAACACCUACGCUACCUAUUUCUUCCAAUACGCCGGCAACAAGGAUCCAUUCAUGGUCACUGUCAUCCUAUCCUGUGUCCAGCUUCUAUCCAUGAUAAUGACUGCUGUGACCACCGACAGCUUCGGUCGUCGUCCUUUGACUAUCUAUCCAUACGCGGUCACAUCGGUUUCAGUUUUGUGCCUUGGAAUCAUUGGCUGCUUUGACUAUACCAAACCGUCAACAAGCUCCCUGCUGAUCUUCUUUGCUUGUCUGGCCACUCUUUCAACAACCGGUGCAUCCGCUAUCGGAUAUGCCUACGCCGCUGAAGUUCCGCAGCAGCGUUUGCGUGCUCAGACAGCUGGAUGGGCUCUUGCCUCUUCGAAUGUCGUCGCUAUCAUGUUCAGCUUCUGCACUCCGCUGAUGAUCAACAAUGCGCCUGUGUCUAGCUGGGGUGUUAAGACUGGAUUUUUCUUCGCUGGUACCGGUACACUUUCCGUGAUUAUCGCUUGGUUCAUUCUUCCUGAGGUGACACGCCGCACACCUGCUGAGAUUGAUGAGAUGUUUGAGAAAAAGGUCAACCUUCGCAAAUUUAAAGGAUAUGUCACUGAGGUGGAGAUGCGUUCGAAUGAACUGAGAGAGGAACAUGAGAUGGUUGUCGCUGCCUAA